AUGGACAUCAAUCCGCGGCUAAUCAAGCCCGCCUAUGGGAACUUAGUCGGUUUCUCCGGCACGAGGGUCCCAGUUAUCGGAGUGGUCACUCUUCCAGUCGUGCUCGGGGACCAAGAGCCACGCGUCUCGAAGCAAGUCGAGUUCAUGAUAGUCGACUGCAAAUCCCACCACAAUGGCAUUUUUGGCCGCCCGCUCUUGGCAAAAUUCAUGGCUCUCCCGUCAACAUGUCAUCAGAAACUCAAAUUCCCCACUAAGGAGGGGAACGACGAAGCACGCGGGACAACGUGGGAAGCCCCAAAGCUAGGAGAAGUCCGACAGACCAACAUCGUGGACACAAGGGCAGAAGAGCCUCGCCCGGAGUCAAUGGAUUCUGACUUCGAAGUCGCCCUUGAUCCGAACGAGCCGACGCGCAAGAUACGCGUCUCAACUCACGUCCCUGGAGACGCGAUUGAACCAUUGAUAAAGCUGUUGAAAUAA